UAGCGGAGAAAUGAGCUAAUAAUCCAUUUUAAGGCAGUGUGUUGGUGUUUUUUGUUUUCAUACAUAUAUUUCCAGUUGUUUUUGUCAUGGAAAAGAUGCCCACAACAACACACACGCUAAAUAAUGCCUCGUCAGCAUCGUUUUUCGCGGAGCCUCAGGCUCCUAAUGUGAAGUUUGGCGAAGUGCCUUUCAGCACACUGCUGGACUCCCUCACUGACCUCAACAACAAAAAUAAGCAGCAUUUAGCGAAUGUGUCCAGUUGCUGUGGGAGUUUCCGGAACGCCACAUUAGUGGAGAGCGUCUUCCUGAUGUGUGAGGAGCUGCGGCUGGACCCUCUGGUGGGAUACCAGGCUCUGGAGAUACUGGACAGGUUUAUGGUGAAACACCUCAAGAACCUGUUCGGUAGCCAGAGCGUGGAAGACGCUGCAGAGGGAGACAACAGGAGCCGUGAAGAUGCUGUGUUGACGAUGCUGAGCGAUAAAUUCAUACUCCUCAUGUUCUCCUGCGUCCAGCUAGCCAGCAAACUAACACACCACCUUAGUGCCCUUGACAACAACAGAGCAGUGGCGUUUCUGAAGUCCGUGGGCCAUUCCUGUUCUAAGGGGACCCUUCUUGAAUCAGAACUUCUGGUGUUAAAGACCCUGGACUUCUCCAUUAACUUCCCGAACCCUCUCAUGUAUGUGGAGACACUGCUGGAAGUGCUCGAAUACAAUGCAGCAGUUGCACCUGUCACACACCUGUACGCCCUGAGUCAGCGGGUGUUACAGUUCAUCUUCCUGCAGAGGACGGCCAUAUACAACUCCUUGCUGGUGGCUGCCACGGCGUGUCAGAGCCCGUCUCUGGAGCAGAGGGUGAAUUUUGUGUGUGUGAGGGAGGACUACAUGCUUCUGAGCGUGGGGGUCAUUGCUGCGGCAGCCUUUGUCCUCAACCUUUCCACCUGGGAAAAGGUAGUGCAAGAGCUGAGCGACGUAACAGGGAUUUCGCCACAGAGCAUUUCAGACUUUGUGAGGGUCACCGUGUUGCACAUAGCAAGAACUGAAGGUGCCUUCAAAACCGCCUGA